AUGACAUCUCUUGAGCUACACCCAGGCCCUUCUCGGGCAGAAGACUUUGUGGAGAACCCGGGCUCCAAGGUGGACAUUGAUCUUGUUGAAAGUGCUGGUGCUGGCCAAGCCGCUACCUAUGAAGAAUCAGUCGCAGCACGUCUCCCUAAAGCCCACCGGGAGUAUCUUCUUGCGCGACAUGGCACGUUGGAACUUGAUCCAAUUCCCAGCAUGGGUCCAGCUGACCCAUACAACUGGCCUGAAUGGAAGAAAAUGGCAAAUCUCAUCCUUGUAGCUUUUCACGCUUGCAUGGGUACAUUUACCGCCGCCGCCAUCAUUCCUGCCUACUCCGACAUUGCCGCAGAGUUGGGCAUUCCUGUCCAAACUGCGAGUUACUUGACUUCCCUCCAGAUUGCGAUUUUGGGAGGCGCCCCCUUCUUCUGGAAACCCCUGUCCAAUCGUUAUGGACGCCGACCGAUUUUCCUUCUGUCUCUUAUCUCGAGUUUGGUGUGUAACAUUGGCUGUGCCAAGAGCACUACCUAUGCAUCGCUCGCUGCUUGUCGUGCCCUGGUGGCCUUUUUCAUCUCCCCGGCCGCGGCAAUUGGCAGUGCGGUGGUCAUGGAGACGACUUUCAAGAAGGAUCGAGCCCGUUAUAUGGGUAUCUGGACACUCAUGGUCACACUGGGCGUACCGGUCGGACCACUCAUCUUCGGAUUUGUCACCCAGCGUGCCGGUGUUGUGUGGAUUUACUGGAUCCUAGCCAUGAUCAAUGGUGGUCAGUUUAUUUUGUACCUCUUCUUCGGGCCAGAGACCCGUUAUCUGGGCGGCGGCGUAGACCAAACCCGGCCUGCUUGGAAGCAAGAGUAUCUGACGCUUCGUCGGAUUGAUCCGACUCCAUUCACAUGGUACGAGUUUAUUCGACCACUUACCAUGGCCCGUCAUCCAUCCAUCCUCAUCCCAGCCUGUGCGUAUGCGAUGAUCUUCUUGUUCGGUAGCAUCUUGUCAACAGUCGAGGUACCACAACUCCUGCAGGAGAAAUUUAAACUUAACGCCGAACAACUGGGUCUCCAGUUCCUUGGUGUCAUCAUCGGAUCCUUGAUUGGUGAGCAGCUGGGAGGUCACUUGUCCGACCUGUGGAUGAGACGUCGCGCCCAUCGCAUUAAUCGCAAGCCCGACCCUGAAUUCCGGUUAUGGCUCAGCUACUUCGGCUUCGCUUUGACCAUGAUUGGUGUUAUUGUCUUCCUAGUCUGCACCCAGACUUCCGCCUCUGGUCACUGGAGCGUGGCUCCCAUCAUUGGCACGGGAAUUGGCGCCGUUGGCAACCAGCUUGUCACCACAGUGAUGAUCACAUAUGCCAUCGACUGUUACCCCCAAGAAGCCGCCAGCAUUGGUGUGUUCAUCACCUUUGUGCGCCAGACCUGGGGUUUCCUCGGACCAUUCUGGUUCUCAGCCAUGUUUGAGAGUGUAGGAGUAGCACCUGCUUCUGGAAUUUGUUGUGCGAUGAUCGUUGUUGUCAGUGUAAUUCCAACCAUUUUCUUGCACAUGCGUGGAAAGAAGAUGCGCCAUGAAGAGUAA